AAAAACAAGUGGGAUCUAAGAAAACUAUCUUCUUUGCUGUUUCUCUUUUGGUGACUCUUACCCCAUUUUCUCCAUCUUCUAGUGUCACAGAAGAGACUCCAAGGGCCAUAUGCUUUCAGACACAAAGCGAAGAAUUCUGUGAGAAUCUUUUGAUGAAUGAUCCCCGGACGAGUUCUGCAGAUCUUCCUCUGCCCUAGCUCAUCUCAAUUGAGCUAAGAGAGAAGCAGUGCAGUCAGACACUUGAAAUUUUAUCCCAACUCCAUGACAGUGCCACUGAUCCUUCCAUAAAAGAGCCACUUCAUAAAUGUUUAGGGAUUUACAGUGAGAUGGAAGGGAAGAUCAAGGAGGCACAUCAGCUUUCUGUGGCUAAAAGGUACAAGGAUAUUGAUCAAUUGGCUAAGGCUACAAAUCUUGCCAUACAGUGUGAGAAGGGGAUUCCACUCAGCUAUAAUGCCACUCAGGAGACAAGUAUGAACAUGAUCUUGACAUGUCAAACUUCUAACUAUGUUAAUGCAUUCAUUACUCAGGGGAGUAACUGAAUUCUUUUAUUGGAAACAAUCUUUGUUUUUCAUGGUAUAAGCAAGUUUCAGGACAUUUUUGCUGAUUCUUCAUAUUCAUUUGACUGGUAUAUGAAAUCCAUUGAAGUUAUGGCGAUGUGAACAUAUAUAUAAAUAUAUAUAUAUAUGGAAAAUAAUUUUUAGACAAUUUU